AUGUAAAACGCUUAAAAGCUCAAAAAACAAUCGACUUUCAUCCAAAUUAAGUGAAUAUUAUGUGAAAACACCGAAAAAAUAAUGUGUUCAAAAGAAUUAAACAACUGCGUUUAUAGAAAAGACCAUUUAGUGCCAAUAUACGAAAAAAAUCGUUAUUUGGAAGAUCGAAAGCUUAAUAUUGCCAUUUGCGACUUCCAGGAUAGAGAUGUUUUGCAAGUAAAAGUAAGGGACCAAUCAGAUUUCUCCUUUAAUUAUUUUGAGGACAUGGAUAUGGGCGAUUUUGAAGUAAUGAGGAACAGCCAAAAUUUGGAUAUAAAUUUUUUGGAAUUUAAGACCGAUUUAAUCGAUAUGUUGAAUCAACAUCAAAAAGAUGAAAUGCACCUAAAAGUCGAAUUAUCCCAGAACAAAUGCACACUGGUAUUUUACGGAAAAUCCAAAAUAAAAAUCAUUGUGUAUUUAACAGUUGAUCUAAAGUUAACAAACCAAAAAGAAAUUUUCAGUGAGAUGAAUAAUAAUUUAAAACAGUUGCAAGAAAUAAAUGAAAGAUUAAAAUGGCAAUUAUCACAAAGCAAGUCAACAAUAAAAGAUAAGGAAAAACAAAUAUUAGAAACAAUGCAACUUAAGAAGAAUAUAGAGCAGGAAUUCUUGAAUCACCUCAGCAAGGUGGAAUCUUUCUUCAAUAACAAAAUUUGUGAAAUACGUGAUAAUCUUCUUACAAAGUUAACUCUAAACCAAAAAAGGUUAUCAAAGUUGUUUAAUGAUCUUCAAACAGUUAAAAGUGAGUCGAUUUUGAAAUCAGAUUCAAGCCAAAGGCUGUUAAAAACAAUGGAAAGUCUUAGGAUAGAGACUAUAGAAAAUGCCACUAUUAUAAAUGAGUUAAAAACUGAAAAUAGUGCCUUAAUAUCAGCGAAAAAUACGUACGAUAAAAUUAUAAACGAUCUUAACUCAAAAAUACAGGAUUUGGAUAAAGUUAACUCGAUUUUGCAGAGCAAAAAUGAAGAGUUAAGAGACGAUUUAGAGAAAGUUUCUGUCAUAAUAGCUCAAAAAAAAGAGACCAAUGAUGAGCUAGCACGUGAUUUAGUUCAGGCCAAUCAGAUGUUGGUUAAUUUCAACAACCACUAUGAUAAAAAAGUUAAACAGAUUGAAGACCUAAAUAACGCGUUAAUGUUAAAAGAUCAAUACAUUCAAGAACAACGAGUUAAAACCAAUGAGCUUUUAAAUGAAUUUGAGGAGUAUAAAACAAAAUUCAGCAAUGAAGAAUUCAUAAAUUUAAAACACGAAAAUACUUUGAAAAAUAACAAAAUCACGGAACUGGAAAAUACCGUUAGAAAACUAAACAAAAUGAAUAACAUUUUGACGCAAAAAGUUUCAGGACAAAUGCCAUUUAAUCACUAAAAACGCUAAAAUAGCUAUUUUUAAUUUUUAAAAUUCUUUUAUUUUUGUUAGUUUGUUGCUUUAAUUUUGAUUUCUAAAAUUUUAUUUUUAUUAAUAA